AUGAAUUGUUAUAAUUUCAGAUAUUACUGUGAUAGUCCGGAGAUUGACCUGCAAACUCAACAACCGCUAGGCUGUGAGGAGGCUAAAAAAUUUAUAAAAGUAAACUGUUAUCCAGUGGCCAACAUCUGUUGCGAUGGUGUACUCCAUACAGGUUCUUCAGUUGGGUUUCAGCUGGAUGUCCCAUGCAAAUACACGAAUGGCAAGAAGUUCAACAUAGCCCUGCUGCUGUCAAUAUUUGUUGGAUUUUUGGGAGCUGACAGAUUCUACUUGGGAUACCCAGCGUUAGGUUUAUUGAAGUUAAGUACGUUUGGCUUCAUGUUUCUUUGGGUUCUGGUUGAUAUCAUAUUCAUUGCUUUGCAGGUUAUUGUAGGCCCCUCCGACGGCUCUAAUUACAUAAUCGAUUACUACGGACCCGUUCUCGAAAACGUUGAAAAAAAUAACGAAACACAUUUAUUUCGGACUACAUAA